GAAGCUAUCGGAAGCUGUAGCCCCCAGAAAUAUGCUGUAGCCUCAUUAGCCUGGCUAGUUGUUUCUCUGAUUCACCUUUGUUUGUGGACGUGUAUGGGGAGGACGUUGUACCGGAGCCACAAUUUCUAGGACGAAUGCGUAAUCUGAAAAUUAGAUUAUUCAAAUAGUAGAUAUUCCGAGAAACCCAUUUCACCCUACAGUUACUGAGUUAGAAUCCUUCGAUUUUGGAGGAGAGCAAGAUUUAUAACGGGGCGUCUGUUCCUGACUCGACGGUUUUCGUAAUAAAGUGUAUAGAUGCUGAGAAGCACCUCCUCUGAGGAUCUGCCCUGUGAAAAGAAAGCAACCUCGCCAUAGCUUCAUUUUUUCCUUAUCACAUUGAAGUAAUACGCAAUGUUCAACUUUGAAGAUUUCAGCCGUCAUCUGCUGAGGUUAUGGGUAAUGGCUUUAUUAGGCCUUGCUCUUGCUACUCGCCAUUCACACGGAAAAUCCUGUAGCGCUCCACCUGAUGUGUUAAAUGGACAAUGGAUUGGUGAUAGCCUUCUGGUUGGCGCAAAAAUGAUACUUAAGUGUAAUACUGGCUACACGGUCGGGGGGACAAUAUCCACUAUGCAGUGCGAGGAUGGUGGCUGGAAUAUGAAAGCAUUUGUGUGUGAGGCUGUGAAAUGUCCUCUGCCCGAACAAAUCCUGAAUGGAAAAUUCUCUCCGGAUGUCGACAGAGAUUAUUUGUCGUACCAGGAAUCAGUCUUGUAUACCUGCGAUAAGUCCUACACCCUUUCUGGAGAAUCAGAACUGAGGUGCACAGAAAAUGGAACAUUAAAUGCAGAACCCCCUGAAUGUAAAAGAGUAAGCUGUUCCCAGCCUGAGGUCAAGUUUGGGAGGCAGGUUGAAGGUCGACCGCCCUACGUCCACAAAUCCUUCAUUGUUUAUAAAUGCGAUGAAGGCUAUCAAAUGAAGGGCUCCUCAAAAAUUGUCUGUGAAGACAAUGUUUGGUCGCCAAAGCCUCCAGUUUGCGAGAAAAACUGUUCCCAGCCUGAGGUCAAGUUUGGGAGGCAGGUUGAAGGUCGACCGCCCUACGUCCACAAAUCCUUCAUUGUUUAUAAAUGCGAUGAAGGCUAUCAAAUGAAGGGCUCCUCAAAAAUUGUCUGUGAAGACAAGGUUUGGUCGCCAAAGCCUCCAGUUUGCGAGAAAAGAAAAUCCUGUAGCGCUCCACCUGAUGUGUUAAAUGGACAAUGGAUUGGUGAUAGCCUUCUGGUUGACGCAACAAUGACACUUAAGUGUAAUACUGGCUACACGGUCGGGGGGAAAAUAUCCACUAUGCAGUGCAAGGAUGAUGGCUGGAAUAUGAAAGGAUUUGUGUGUAAGGGUGAUACAUCGGGUACUGGCUCAUCGCGUACUGAGGUUUACAGUGCCCUCGCUCAGAGAGUUGUGAUGGCGCUGCUCAUACCUGUCGGCCUGCAUCUCUCCCUGUGAGAGAUCUACUGUACCCGACACUCUGUGACCUCACAGAUGACCAGCGGCCUCACUGCGUAUUGUAAUCCCUUCCUGCUCCGCUCUGGACGCUGUGGAGUCUGCGAGGAUGCUUGUAGUGCUUCCUAACUGCUGCUUAUAACAAAAAAAUCCUUGGAGUGAACCAUUUCCAUCUGAAAUCUAAAUAAUUAUUUUAAUUAAUUUAAUUGAUCUAAUUUCAUUUAUUUGCCUUGUGCUGUGUUCAGCAUUUACCUAACAUAUCCCCUCAAAAUGAAAAUUUUUUUUAUUAUUGACAUUAGGAAUGGACAUUAUUUCCCCUUAUCCCUGUUGUAUUCCGCUAUCUUAAUUGCAGUAUUCCGUGAUCUUAUUUAUUUUUGUUAUUAAUUUAAAUUACGGUUUUAUCCAUGGAGAAAUAAAAGUCCAUGGAGAAAUAAAACCCUUUUAUAGAGGGUUCAAUUAACCCUGUCUUUUAAACUGGGUCUGUUUUAUGCACCUUAUGAGAAAUAAUUUAUCAUGACUGGUCAUGUUGUGGCCAUAAUCGUUAAGAUAUAUUUAAAUAUAUAUUUUCAAAACUCCAUGUGCAGAGCGUAGUUAAUCUCAUAGUUGACAUUAUGCUUUUAUUAUUAAAGAACAUACCGCUUUCUUAUUUGAACUUAACAUUGGCAGUAACUUGUUAGAUGAUGCUGAGUGUUACCAGAAUGUGUGAUUUAUUAUCGUGUAUUAAUUACCAUAAAUUUGCCAAUCUGGGAUUUGAUGGCAUUAUCUAUCAGUCCCUCAUCUGAUCAUCUGUUUUUUGCUGUGUAUUAUCUAGGGUGCACAAUGCUAAACUGUACAUUUUAAUUUCAACAUCAGUUGCAGUGAGAGGAGUUACUGGAGUGAGGGAAAAGUGAGGGAUUCAUUUGAUGCUACACGAAAUAGCGUACUCCCCAUACUUGAAAUAAACUUUAAUCAUACUUCAAGUGUUCUGAAGUAUAAAAUAGUAUACUUCAAGUAUACUAUUUUUUCACGUGGGACUGGCCAUGGAAAUCUUGAUUCAAAUCCACAUACAUCAGUUGAAUUGACUCUUUGCUGUCGUAACUGCUAUUGCGACACAGGUUCCUCUUUUUCAAAUUUGUGCCUUGCAUACCUAUGCUUGGUUUGUUAGAUGGACUGCUGAGCUGUCCAUUGGAGUUAGUAGUCCGUGACUACAAUUUGAAAGGUAUGAUGAUGUGUAAGAUACAUUGUGAAUCGAUUUCUUAUUGUACAGAACAGUGGCCAGAUUAUGCAGGCCCUUGUAGUCAAAAAAAAAAAAGUAUAAUAGUAUAUAUAUGUAAUAUAUAUACUAGAGAUUGAGUUUGCUUAAUCGACACAAUCAGAACAGUGUAUGCUGGGAGUGAGCUUGAAGUGCUGCUGAAUUGAUGAAGUAAAACCUGAUCUUAAGUUUUUCCAGGUAGGGUAAUGUGUGAAGUGUGUUUGAAGUGUUUGAGAAGCAGAUGUGAGAAGGAAGUAUGGGAUAAUAUCCCAAAAAUACUUAAUUUGUAAGCACAUUUUGUAUGGGUUUGCUGAAGACUGUCAGAUUCUGCUAACAUUAAAGUAAAUAUUGAGAGAUGCAUCAAAUAUUUACAAGAAGUCAUAAAGUAUUCUGGAAUAGGUAGGAAAUGGCUGUAGUCAGUUACCAGUGUUUGGUCAUUUAAAAGCCUUGAAAAAUGUACUAAAUCUUUCUUCCAUUUCUAGCCAUAAGUAGAUGUCAUUGUAGCAUGAGAAAAAUGUUGAUGUAUUCAUUAAGACGUAAAAUCAUUGGGCCUCAUUCACCAAAGUUUUUUCUUAAAUUUGUUCUUGAGAAAGGUCCUAAGAAAAGUGUACGUCAGUUUCACUACGUGUUCUUAAACCGCAGAAUUGUUCAUACCUGUGCUCUUAAAGUGAUGAAUCCCAUUGUCCUCGUAAAUGGAAAGCGCGUGCCAGUUGUUCCUAAUUAGCAUAGGUAAACGCCCCACCAACCCCCAUAAAAGGGCAUGAGACAGCAGGGCCGUGUGCACACACAGAAAUUGAAAAGAAAAGUUGAGAGCGAAGUCAAUAAUGCCCAAACGAAAAUCUAAAGACGGUGGAGAACCGGACUCCAAACGUAAGAAAAACUUCAGUAGUUCUGAAGUGGAGGUAUUGCUGCAGGAAGUGAACCGCAAACGACCUGUCAUAUUUAGUAGCGUCAGUAGUGGAUAUAAAAUAACACAAAAAUGGGAUGCUAUUACUCGUUCAGUGAACGCUGUAUCCGGAGAAGGACCACAACUGAUGAAGUAAAAAAAAAAAUGGUUUGAUGUUAACUCUGAGGCAAAAAAAAAAAAAAAAAAAUGCUGGUGGGAGUGGGCACAAGGAAUUGCGUGUUAUGCAUUCAAACGACAAAGCGCUUCUCGUCACAUUAAUACCGCUAAUUAAAUCAACCGGCAGUAAACUGCGUCGGAGUAAACCCGUCGUUGCACAAAACACUGCACAAACAAAUUAUUGCCAGUCAUUUUGGUGUCACCCCCCUCUGAUGGUGUCACCUGAUGUGGUCCGCAGCCUCCUAGUGACGCCUCUGAAUGAGUGUUCUCUUCAACAUGUCCAUGUGUUUAAAAAGUGUUACCUAAGUACUUAGUUUGUAUUCAAAAAUUAAACAUUUUCUUUUGCAGUAUUGAUAAAACAUUGCAUAAUUGUAACCCCCCAAAAUAAAAGGUCACUACAGUGGUUUGAUUUUUAUUAUUUAUUUACAGAUGAACUCCCGCUGAGGCAACCACCCUCUGAGGUGGAACCUGGCACCUUAAUGCUUUGUAAAAUAAUGAAAAUAAUUAUUAAAAAAUAUAAAUAUUAUUGUAAUUUAAAUCCUAUAAUAUUAUACAACUGUAGAAGUGAAGAAAACACAAUAACCAAUUAUUUUGCACAAACAUGUCAGCACUCAAAUGUGCGUAAGUGUGCUCUUGAGUGUGCGUAGAUUCUGUUCUUACCUAAGAACAAAUCCCAAAUAAGAAAACAUUGGUGAAUGUCAGAAUCUUCGUGAAAACUGCGUAAGUGGAUUUUAAGAAGAAAAUUCUUCUUAAGAACGGUUGGUGAAUGAGGCCCAUUCAUUAUAAUCAUAACAUUAAAUAUGUUAAGAUGUGAUCCAAAAAAAAUGAAGUAUUAACACACACAGUAUGAAGGCGAGGAUUCCUCUCGCACUGCAAUAAAAACUUUUUGAAAAUAUACAAA